AUGUCUGACUCGUUAUUAUCUACGGAUAAAGACGAGAUAAGUAAUCUUAAUACAUCUUCUAAUCCAAUGCAUUCAUCGAAUGAACAUUGUAAACAAGAAGAAGAAGAAGAAGAAGAAAAACAUGAAGAACAAAUAAAUAAUAUAUCUGAACUCUCAUUAAGAGAAAAUGAUUCAUUUUUUACAAUUCUUAAACGUCUCUGUUUUUAUUGGCGUCGAAUUGUAGCACAUAAAAUUCGUGUUGUAUUUGCACUUAUAUUUAUGUCUAUGCUCAAUAUUACAGCACGGAUAAUAUGUUUUGUACGACAACGAACACCUCCAUCUUCAUCUUCAUUCACUACAACUAUGUCAUCGUCAUCAAUACGACCACUUGAAGAAGAUUUAAAUAAUUUAACAAAAUCUCCUUUACUUAUUAAUAAACAACAUAUUGAUUUAUCAUUAUUACAUGAUUCAAAAAUGGCUAAUAUACUUAUACAACAACAAACACAUCGUACACCAAAUAUAAAUAUAAAUCGAUCAUCAACAUCACAAAAAAAAGAUACAUCAAUAUUAAUGAGACAUUCAGUUGAUGAUAGAUUAUUUUUUCAUGAUUCAACAAGAUUAAUAAAUUUUUUAACACGUUUUGCAUCUGAACCUCAAAUAUCAAAAUAUAAUAUACAAACAACAAAUACAAAUGGACAAUUUAAUAAUUCAUUAAAAGAUUAUACAUUAUCAUUACCUAUAACAAAUACAUGUUUAAAAUUAAAUGAACAAGAUAAAGAUGAUAUUGAUUUUGAUGAUAUAAUUAUAUUUAACUGUGAUAAAAUUCAACCGGUAUCAAUCUCUACAACAGAAAAUAUUACUAAUGAUAGUAUAGAUAAUAUAAAUUCAUCUAUUAUUACAAAUCAUUCAGUAGAAGAAAUUAUAAUAAUUAAUGAUGAUUUAAAUUUAAAUGAUGAAUUAAUAGAUAUAAAAAUAAAUGAUGAUACAGUAAGUUUACAAAUCAAUGAUGAUUUAAUAAAUUCACAAAUACAUGAAGAUAUUCUACUUGAAACAAAUUUAUCUAUUAAUGAUAAUGAUUUACCAUGUGAACGUCAUUUUCGUCGACGAAGAAGACGUUCAUCAUUAACAAAAACUUCAAUAUCACUUGAUGAAACUCAAACAAUAAAUGAUCUUAUUGAAAAAAUUAAUAUUAAUAAAGAAUCAACACAAAAUAAUAAUAAUAAUGAAAAAUUAAAAGAAAAUGAAGAGAAACAAAAUACAAAUCCUAUUGAAAUAAAAAUUUCAGAAAAUCAACAAUCUAAUCAAACAAUCGAUGAUACAGAAAAAUCAGAUUCAGUCAGUCGAUAUCGAGGCAGAAGAUUACGACAACGAUUUUAUCGUCGUGCAGCUGCAUCAUCAUCAUCAUCAUCACAAGAGAUUACAUCAAAAAUUUCAUCAGAUUUUUAUUUACCUAAUGACGCAUUAAAUAUUGAAACACCUAAAACUUCUUCUCAAAUUUCAUCAAAACCAGUUAUUAUGUCACCUAAUUCAUCAAAUUUAAAUACACCAACCGGUGGUCUUAAACGUACACGUUCAACUGUUUCAACAAAAAAAAAUGUUCAUUUUGCUGAUUCUAUUGGUCGUGAAUUAGCACAAGUGCAAUAUAUACAAACAUCAAUAAAUGAUGAUUCAAAAGAAUUCUCAUUUUUAUUAAAUACAUCAUUUUUAUCAUCAUCACCACCAACAUUUACAAAAAAUAAUCUCUAUUUACCAACAACAUCUUAUGUAGAACAUAAACCAUGGUCAUUUGAUGUUAUUGUUAAACCAAAUAAACAAAUAAAUGAUAAAUCAUGUUUAAAAAGAUUUUUUUGUUUAUUUCGUCAACCUGAUUCUGAACAUCCCGAUAUAUAUUUACAUGAAAUAUGGAAAUAUCAAAUAAAAUUAGAACAUGUUGAUAUACCAUUACAAUAUUCUUCAACCGGUGAACAACAACUUAUUGGAACAUUAUGGGUAACAAAUAUUAAUUUUAAUAAAAAUGUUUCUAUUAAAUAUACAUUUAAUCAAUGGUUAAAUAUAUAUGAAAUUGAAGCUCAAUAUUGUCGUCAUUCAAAUGAUUUUCGUAAUUUAGAUCAAUUUCAAUUUAUAGUUAAUAUACCAAAAGAUGUUGAUCGAAUUGAUUUUGUUUUACAUUAUUGUGUUAAUGGAUAUGAAUAUUGGGAUAAUAAUAAUGGAAGAAAUUAUCAAUUACAAACAGAAUUAGCACAAACAACAUCAACAACAAUUUCAUUACCACAUGAUUGUGAUUUUAAUGAAAUGAGAUUUUAUUGA